UAUAAAUAACAAACAAGUAGUAGUGAGCCCGCCAGCGUGGAAUUAGGAUCUUAAACACAAAUUCAAUUCGGAAAAACUUCGAACCUUCUUCUUCCUUCUUCAUUCCUUCUUUCACUUCCCACCAUCGCAGAGACUUUAUCGCUCUUCUAUUUUUGGCGCCUCAACUGCUCUCUCGUCCCUCCUUCUCUCCUAUAGGCCCCAAUCCAAUUUCGCAAGGGUUUGCGAAUUUUGAAGUUUUGUGAGUGCAGGGAUGGCAAGUGGUUUUGGGGAAUCAAUGAGCGUGCCGCCCCAAAGCCAGUCUUGCUCGGGGACUAAUGCCAAUGACGCAGGGGAUUUCGAGUGCAACAUUUGCUUCGAUUUAGCGCAGGAUCCGAUCAUAACACUUUGUGGUCAUCUCUUCUGCUGGCCUUGUCUUUACAGAUGGCUGCACCAUCACUCGCAUUGCCAAGAGUGCCCGGUGUGCAAGGCCCUUGUACAGGAAGACAAGUUGGUUCCUCUUUACGGCAGGGGUAAGACACAGACUGACCCGAGAUCAAAAUCGUAUCCGGGGAUCAGUAUUCCUAACCGCCCUGCUGGGCAGAGGCCUGAAACUGCUCCUCCACCGGAGACCAAUCAGUUCCCCAAUUACGGGUUUGGGUUUAUGGGAGGAUUUAUGCCCACGGCAACUGCCAGGAUUGGUAACAUGACGCUGGCCGCUGCAAUUGGUGGUCUGUUUCCCUCAUUUAAUGUUCAUUAUCAAUCCGGAUUUGCGGAUGCCACGGUAUAUGGAACAACUUCUGGUUUUCCUUAUGGUUUCAGCAGUUCAUUUCAUGGGGGCCACGCUCACGGUUUCCCUCAGCCAGUAACUCAAAGGCAGCAGGUUGAUAAUGUGUUGAAGAAUCUGUUUUUGUUGAUUGGUGUAUUUGUGAUUGCUGCGCUGAUAUUUUGUUAGUCCAAGAUUAACUUUGAAAAUACAUCAGCACGGUUGUUUAGUGUUGCUGCUCUUAUAUCUGUAAAUACAUUAGCUGUAUUCCUGCUUGAGAAUGUUCGGCCUUUAGACUUUUGGUCAGUUCUGUUACCUUUCAAAAACAUUUGCAACAUAAAUUUCAUAAUAAAUGGCUUGCAUUUGUGAUUAUGAUAGUUUUCUGAUUUGCUGACUCGCUUGAGAGUUAGCUAUAGAGGGAGAGUGAGGG